CCUUGGCACAAGUUGGAGUCCCACUGGCCACCUCUGUGUCCAGGCUGAUCUCACCCAUAGCCUAGGCUAGACCCUCCUUCCCGAACCGUGGUCCCAGCCAGGCACUCUCCCUCUGGUGACCCUGACGUGGGUCCCUUCCUCCCCCUGUCUAGGACUAAGUCUGCUUUCCCCGGUCUCUACCGCCCAGGCCAGGGCCUCGUUUCUCCCUGCCAUGGCCCGGGCUAGGCCGCUGCUUUCCUCCCUCCCUUGCCUUCUCCCUAGCCUCAGGCUGGACCUCCGUCAGCUCCUCCUGCAGCGGCCUAGGUUUGCUUCCCCUCUUCUCCGUGGCCUCAGCCUGAAUCUCCUCUUCCUUCUGUGAUCUCAAGUCUGGACCUCCUCUCUUCUGCCAUGGUCCCCGCCUGGACCUCACUGCCUACUCCCCACCAUGAUCCCCUUUCCCGGACUUCUCGACACUCUUAGUGCAGCCUGCGUCAGCCCCACUCGGUCCCCGCCCUGACCCUCUCACCAGGGUCCUGCCCCCUGCGCAGUUCACGACCCAGGGUCCCCUUCCCUGUACCUGGGGCGCGCCUUCUUUGCACCUUUCGGGAAGGGAGGGGAGCUCUCCAGCAGGGGUAGGGGUAGUCACAGUGCUGUGCCUUCUCAGACUGAGGGUUGCGCCUUCUGGGGAGGCCGCCUGAGAACCGGCGAAGGAAGGGCAGGCCUCGAUGUGCCCGGAAGGCAGCGCGCUGCGUUGCGGGUCCUUCUCGAGGCCGCCGUCAUGGGUGCUGUGCGUGCGAAGCGUUCUGCGGGGCGGGCCUGGGUCCUCGGCACCCAGGCCUGAGUGGGAGCCGAGGGGUGAGGGUGGGUGGCCUACAGGACAGGGAUGAACGCACAGUCGCCCCUGUGAGGUCAUGGCCUUGAGGGGGCCACCAGCCCCUGGGUCCAGCAUACGGCCUGGACACGAUGCACCCAAGCAGGCGCAGCCUCCCCUUUCCUCUGAACUGUCAGCUUGUAAGGGUUGGAACUGCUGAUUAUGGGAGUCCUUCAGAUCAGAGUGAUCAACAGCUGGACUGUGCCUUGGACCUAAUGAGGCGCCUGCCUCCACAGCAAAUCGAGAAAAACCUCAGCGACCUGAUUGACCUGGUCCCCAGUCUAUGUGAGGAUCUCCUGUCUUCUGUUGACCAGCCACUGAAAAUUGCCAGAGACAAGGUGGUGGGAAAGGAUUACCUUUUGUGUGACUACAACAGAGAUGGGGACUCCUAUAGGUCACCAUGGAGUAACAAGUAUGACCCUCCCUUGGAAGAUGGGGCCAUGCCGUCAGCUCGGCUGCGGAAGCUGGAGGUGGAAGCCAACAAUGCCUUUGACCAGUACCGAGACCUGUAUUUUGAAGGCGGCGUCUCAUCUGUCUACCUCUGGGAUCUGGAUCAUGGCUUUGCUGGAGUGAUCCUCAUAAAGAAGGCUGGAGAUGGAUCAAAGAAGAUCAAAGGCUGCUGGGAUUCCAUCCACGUGGUGGAAGUGCAGGAGAAAUCCAGCGGCCGCACCGCCCAUUACAAGUUGACCUCCACGGUGAUGCUGUGGCUGCAGACCAACAAAUCCGGCUCUGGCACCAUGAACCUCGGAGGCAGCCUCACCAGACAGAUGGAGAAAGAUGAGACUGUGAGCGACUGCUCCCCACACAUAGCCAACAUCGGGCGCCUGGUAGAGGACAUGGAAAAUAAAAUCAGAAGUACACUGAACGAGAUCUACUUUGGAAAAACAAAGGAUAUUGUCAACGGUCUGAGAUCUGUUGAUGCUAUCCCUGACAACCAAAAGUUUAAGCAGUUGCAGAGGGAGCUCUCUCAAGUGCUGACCCAGCGCCAGAUCUACAUCCAGCCUGAUAAUUAGGCCGAUCCAGGUCUGUGCAGACUUUUGCAGACAAAUCAAAACAAGAAGCUCUGAAGAAUGACCUGGUGGAGGCUUUGAAGAGAAAGCAGCAAUGCUAAACCUCUGCUUCACGCUAACCAGACGCCGUGCACUCGUUAGAGUCCUUUCUUAGAAAACAUGUUUUCUGCUCCCUCCCUCGUCCCUUUCCUCCCCACAGGUCACAUAACAGCUGCAUCAUUGACCGCACAGCGCCAUCUCUCCCUGAGAAUAAAGCCCCAUAGCCACCCUCCUCCGGCUCCGAACCUGCUUCCGCCACACCUCGCUCUCAGCUCUCUCCACAUUUCCAUAGAGACCGUGUGGUUUUUGUUCACCCAGGGGCCCCGUUUUCCUCCCCAUCCCCACAUUUAUAGCAUAAAAUCCACUGUCUGCCAGCCUCCCUUCCCUCCCACCUUUUUGUUACAUUGGUGUAAAAAAUGUAAAACAAAAAAAUUUUAUGAACUAACUGUGGUGUGUGAAAGAGAGAAGAAAAACUGGAAAUCUGAUUCUGUGUGUGUUUGGGAGUUGCUUGGGUUUGGGGGUCAUGGGGAGAGGGGACAGCUCUGGGAGCAGAGGUGGCCUGCGGUGCCGUCCUGUGCAGACUCGCCCGUCCCACAGAGGCUGCGGGGUGGGGGCUGGGGGGGGCCCGCCGACCGUUCCGCUCUUCCGGCCAGGUGCUUUUCUGUCAAUUUCUAUGGAAUGCAAAAGGAGGUUUUUGUUUUAUUUUGUUUUUUUGUAAAGCUUAAGAAAAAAAUCUACAUCUUAUACUUGAGCCUCCAUACUUAAAAAAAAAAAAAAAAAAUCAAUAAAAAGAAACUGGGACACAGUUA